AGCCGAAGAAGAAGAAGAAACAGUGAAAACAAAAUGGCGGCUCCAAAAACUCUCCCUAAAGACGCUCAGGUGAUGAUGCAGAUCCUCAAAGACAUGGGCAUCACCGAGUACGAGCCGCGCGUCAUCAACCAGAUGCUGGAGUUCACCUACAGAUAUGUGACGACGAUCAUUGAAGAUGCUAAGAUUUACUCGACUCACGCCAAGAAGUCGACUGUCGACGCCGACGACGUCAGACUGGCCAUUCAGUGUCGCAUGGACCAGUCCUUCACCUCGCCCCCGCCCCGAGACUUUCUGUUGGAGGUGGCACGUCAGAAAAACCAGACUCCGCUCCCUCUGAUCAAACCGUACACAGGACCACGGCUGCCCCCUGACCGCUACUGCCUGACCGCUCCCAACUACAGGCUCAAAACUGUCCCAAAGAAGGUGACGCCCUCUGCUGGUCGUAUCACAGUCCCGCGCCUCAGUGUCGGAGCAGUGUCCAGCCGCCCCUCCACCCCCACUCUAGGUUCCUCAGUCCCGUCGGUGUCUAAAGUCUCAGCUCCGGUCUCGUUGGCGGCGCAGAGGUUCACGGUUCAAAUCCCGAGUGCCCAGAGCCACGCCCCUAAAACCACCACGGCCACGCCCCCCGUCCUGAUGAGCUCGUCUCUGAUUGGACAGAAGACGCUCCUGAUGAGCAGCAGCAGCCUAUCACAGAGCGAGAGCCUGAAGCGCAAACACGACGACGAGGACGACUACGACGCCAUUUAACCACACGCUCAAAACUGACUGGCCCAAAUUACACCGUGUGAUCUGUGUUAUAACCUCACAAACAGACCUCAAACUGAAAACACUCUGCUCCACCUUGUGAUGUCAUCAUGUGGUGAUACAGGAAGUGCUCCACUGUGUUUUUAAACUCCACACACCUUCGUUUAUAGAAUCACUUGGAUCAUUUCAGUCCUGGAGUUGUCUCUUAUCUCGACUGAACUAAAAGUUAAAGGAGCUGUUCACUUAAACUACCACUUGAUGACAUCACAAGGUGGAACAUCGCAUUUUGAUCUUUGUAGAUGUGACAGACUAAUAAUAAAGUGCGACUCACGUGUGAAUGAAACAAAACACAACUCCAGGUCUGUUUUUGAUGAUUAUAAAAUGUUUUACACCUCAGUUCAUUCUGUGUAAUUCAGGAUCUUUAAAAUAAUCCCGUGUAAAUAAAUAAACCCUUUUCCUCGUUUUUACUGUUUAAACGGCUGAAGCUGAUGGUGCCUCAGUUUUGAUAUUUCAUGUUUUAUAAUUUAAAAUAAAACGUUUGUGUUCAUAGUUUAAAUAUCCUCAGACACGGCUCCUUUAGACUGAACCAGGCAACAGCCAGUUUGUUUUUUUAUAAUAAAAGUUUUUGAAAAAAGUUU